UACAGGAACAGAACAUAUCUUGGCCGGCUGUGUGCGAGACGUACAGAUGAAGAGGCAUGGAGAGAAUUUUCAGUAAAGCUGUUUAUUGAUGACAAUACAAAACAAUUUUAGAAGACAGAAAAGUUCUGCAUGCAUACAAUAAGUUGACUUGCUCUGUAAGGUGUCCAAGUGAAAAGGCACAUACAGGAUUCACAGUAAAGGGUUCAUUGACUGGAGGAGAUAAGUCACAAAAGAGGUGGAGGUUCUGCACGUUUGACAACUCAGCAUUCAGUGCAUGAACAACCAGUCUUUGGAGGAGUAAUGGAACAGGAAGAGACUUGUCCCACAUUGGACCACAAUACCAUGGAGAAUGACAAGGAGGCACUGGACUGCCCUGUGUGCCUGGAGACAUACAACGAGGGUCUGAACACUCCCAAGAUGAUGCCAUGCCUCCACACACUAUGCGCCUCCUGCAUUGCCAACCUCACUUCUACCGUUGCUGAGCAGACCAACCCAUUCCUGGACAACACUACACCCCGAGCAGGACCAGAGUCUAGUUUCCGCCUUGCCUUCUCCAGAUUUGCCUCCCAGCCUGAUCUGACAUACAUGAAUGGCAGAGAAAGCUUGACCAACCAACAGCAUGGUCACCACCCACCACUGAGACGUGUGGCCGGCCAGGGACCAAUAUCACCAACAACACCACCACCAGCAUCACGGAACUCACAUGAUCCAUCACCUCCAACAUUGACUCCACCCAGCCCACACCCAUCCCUGCCACACAAACCAAGGCUCAGCACCGUGAAGCGGCCUGAGGUGAGCCCCCCGCUGCCCCCAAAGCCAGGAGGUGCAGCCCAAGCCCCUGAGCCACAUAUACCAAGGGAUGUCAUUGUGCAGUGCCCCCUGUGUCGCUCUGAAGUCAGCACUAGUAAGCUACAAACAAAUAGGUAUGUACUGGCUCACAUGAGAGAUCUGGCUCGGCUAUCCCUUCUGUCACCCAUCAGUCCCUUCCCAGCUCCAACCAGCAGCCAGUACCCACACCCCUCUGCACCAAACGAGGAGUACUGGUGUGAAGACUGCAAGCAAGUGGCCACUGAUACUUGCAGUCAACACAAACUCCUGCUAUUCUCAGAGUGGCUGGAGACUCAGAAAGCCACCCUGGAGAGCUUACAGAUGGCAUUGGAGGACCAGCUGACCCAACACACCACUUACAUUGAGGAAGUCAGGGUAGCAAUGAAGGGUAUCUAUUAUGCUCUCAAUAAAGCUACCAAGUUUAUGUGGGAGAUGAACAAGAAGGUGGAGGAUUACAAAGAGGAGUUAAAGAGUCAGCCUCCCAUCUCAGCCACAGCCUGCCCGAGGGAGAUUGGAGAGGAACUCAUGGGAAAGGUGACGCAGCUGGAGCAGCUGGCGAAGAAAGUAUCCGAGGAAAACUUUAUGGAGGGCGAUAAUGAGGUGAUGUUGACCUUCAAGGUGCCACAGCAGCAGAUCUUCAUUCGCACCACCAACCCAAACUACGCCAUCGUCCUCACCAUAGCUGAUGGCCACGCCAACGUCUGACGAUCAGACCAGGCAGGUUAACGUGGCCUUUGAAACUGGUAACUACGUUAGACUCUCUCAGAUCAGAGAGAAAACUGAGUUAAUUAUGACAUUGAGAGAGAGAGAGAGAGAGGAGGAGGAGGGGGGGAGAGAGGGAGGGAGAUAUACAUGCAUAUAUAAGCAACUUCCUUGAUAAUUCAUCGCCAGAGAAUUGACCUGAAAACAAAAUACUCAUCAACAAAAGAAAAGGGGAGAGUUUACCGCAAAACCUGCAACUGAGAGAGAGAGAGAGAGAGAGAGAGAGAGAGAGAAACCAGCCAGCCGAGGCGUGACAGUGAAUGUUUCAGCAACCCCGCUUUAUGAAGUCCCCUUGGCGGUCCGCGCUGCUCCACUCUCCAAGACGCUCGUCGUCCUCCUUGCGUACUUCUUGUGUUGUCAAGGUGGCGGCGGGCGGGAGGUGUGGGGCGGGGACGGCAAUACACGUGGCAAGGCGCUUCACUGGGGCGGCAAUACACGUGGCAGGGCGCUUGCUGGGAGGCUGGCGGGGACGUGGCUCAGCGGGAUGCACAUGCACGAGGGGUUUAUGAGGCACUGCUAGGGAUCGAAGGCGCGUCGCUCUCCAAACGUUCUUUGCCUCCUUGCGUCCGUGAAACACGCACGCACACACCGAGAGAGUAAUCAUUCUCUGGCCUUGGUGUGCACUGUAUAUUUCUAUUAUUUAUGAAUCCCUGUUGGGAGUCCGAGCUCCAGUAUGCUCAUACGUUCGUUCUCUCUCUCUUUCUCCUCUUCCUCCUCUCUUGAUAUGUGUGUGUGUGUGUGUGUGUGUGUUAGUUACUUCCUUCACAAGCUCACCUCCCUUCCCUUGCUUGUAUGAUGUAUGUAUAGCAGGAGGUGGCAGAUGCGUGUGACCUUCAUGGGGAGGGGGGGGGGCGGUAAUUAGAGCAUGUGAAGGAGAGCUAAAAACUAUGGUAUAAUGUAUGUUGUGUGUACGUACCAAGGCCGGAGGGAGAUUUGAUAUUACGGCUGCUGGCAUCAUCCAUUUCACUUUCAUGCAUGUCUUUUUUUUUUUUUUUUUUAGUUA